CCAUCUAAUUCACCUGGUUACUGUUUAAUUUCUGUAGGGAGUAUCCUGAAGGCUAACGAUGACCUCACAACAGUGAUAAACAUUUACAAGAAGCUGGUUCUUGGACAAGAUGUCGAGCCUGUGGAAUUUAUAGCAAACAGAACUCACAAAAGUGAAACUACGCUUCUAGAUCUAGCAUCGCUGACUGAAACACAUGAUGUGGACAAAAGUCUUUUAGAUGACCAGCUAUUAGCAUUAGGUUUGAGUGAUGGACAAGAGGGUAUAUCUACACAUCAGUCAGUGUCUACUGUAAAUGGUAUGAAAAUCCCCGGUCAUCUAGAUGACCUUGAUCACUUAUUUUUUGUUGGUGGAAACAGUAAACCAGAAAUCCCAACUUCGGUAAGAGUCGGUGUUUUGCCCGAGAGUAGCAGUUCUGUUACAGUUAAGAAUGCAACAGAGAACAACUUGUCACCUUUCAACUCUCGACUGUCAAACCAACUGGUUGCUACAUCAAACUCUCCAGCAACUGUUGCAUCAAUAUUUGAUGUGGAAGAAAACAUGAUCAGUGGAACAAACCUUCUUCAACCUCUCAAUGCAAGUAUGUCAACUUUUAGUAGUGUAUUGUAAUGUCAACUGUGUUU